GCCCAAUGGCAGGCUGAGUCCCCCUCCUCUGGCCUGGUCCCGCCUCUCCUGCCCCUUGUGCUCAGCGCUACCUGCUGCCCGGACACAUCCAGAGCUGGCCGGCGGGUGCGCGGGAGGGCGGCGGCACCAUGCAGGGAAGCUGCCAGGGGCCGUGGGCAGCGCCGCUUUCUGCCGCGCACCUGGCGCUGUGAGACUGGCGCUGCCACCAUGUUCCCCAGCCCUGCGCUUACGCCCACGCCCUUCUCAGUCAAAGACAUCCUAAACCUGGAGCAGCAGCAGCGCAGCCUGGCUGCCGCCGGAGAGCUCUCUGCCCGCCUGGAGGCGACCCUGGCGCCCUCCUCCUGCAUGCUGGCCGCCUUCAAGCCAGAGGCCUACGCCGGGCCCGAGGCGGCUGCGCCGGGCCUCCCAGAGCUGCGCGCAGAUCUGGGCCGCGCGCCUUCACCGGCCAAGUGUGCGUCUGCCUUUCCCGCUGCCCCCGCCUUCUAUCCACGUGCCUACAGCGACCCCGACCCAGCCAAGGACCCUAGAGCCGAAAAGAAAGCCUGAAAUUUUAAGUCACCGUCUGUCUCCCUCACCAGGGUGUGAACUGCCCCGAGGGCAGAGACCUCCCGUUCUGUUCUCCAGCGCCUUGAGCCAGCCUGACUUUCUACAAAUGCUGAGUGAGACGUGUCGGUGGCUCCCAGUGUACUUGGCAGAGUGAGCCGCAGCCAGCUGGGCGCUCCAGGCAGGACACAGUGGCCUCCACGAGGAUCCCUUACCAUUAUUGUGCGGCCGCGCUCCGUAGGUCAAGCCGCUCUUACCAAGCGUCUCUCUGCCUCUCUGUUCCCCCUCAGAGCUGUGCGCGCUGCAGAAGGCGGUGGAGCUGGAGAAGACAGAGGCGGACAACGCGGAGCGGCCCCGGGCGCGACGGCGGAGGAAGCCGCGCGUGCUCUUCUCGCAGGCGCAGGUCUAUGAGCUGGAGCGGCGCUUCAAGCAGCAGCGGUACCUGUCGGCCCCCGAACGCGACCAGCUGGCCAGCGUGCUGAAACUCACGUCCACGCAGGUCAAGAUCUGGUUCCAGAACCGGCGCUACAAGUGCAAGCGGCAGCGGCAGGACCAGACUCUGGAGCUGGUGGGGCUGCCCCCGCCGCCGCCGCCGCCUGCCCGCAGGAUCGCGGUGCCAGUGCUGGUGCGCGAUGGCAAGCCAUGCCUAGGGGACUCGGCGCCCUACGCGCCUGCCUACGGCGUGGGCCUCAAUCCCUACGGUUAUAACGCCUACCCCGCCUAUCCGGGUUACGGCGGCGCGGCCUGCAGCCCUGGCUACAGCUGCACUGCCGCUUACCCCGCCGGGCCUUCCCCAGCGCAGCCGGCCACUGCCGCCGCCAACAACAACUUCGUGAACUUCGGCGUCGGGGACUUGAAUGCGGUUCAGAGCCCCGGGAUUCCGCAGAGCAACUCGGGAGUGUCCACGCUGCAUGGUAUCCGAGCCUGGUAGGGAAGGGACCCGCGUGGCGCGACCCUGACCGAUCCCACCUCAACAGCUCCCUGACUCUCGGGGGGGAGAAGGGGCUCCCAACAUGACCCUGAGUCCCCUGGAUUUUGCAUUCACUCCUGCGGAGACCUAGGAACUUUUUCUGUCCCACGCGCGUUUGUUCUUGCGCACGGGAGAGUUUGUGGCGGCGAUUAUGCAGCGUGCAAUGAGUGAUCCUGCAGCCUGGUGUCUUAGCUGUCCCCCCAGGAGUGCCCUCCGAGAGUCCAUGGGCACCGCCGGUUGGAACUGGGACUGAGCUCGGGCACGCAGGGCCUGAGAUCUGGCCGCCCAUUCCGCGAGCCAGGGCCGGGCGCCCGGGCCUUUGCUAUCUCGCCGCCGCCCGCCCACGCACCCACCCACCCGUAUUUAUGUUUUUACCUAUUGCUGUAAGAAAUGAGGAUCCCCUUCCCAUUAAAGAGAGUGCGUUGACCCCGCACGUGUGCUUCUUUCAGCUUGCGGCGCUUCAGAAGCAGGAGAGAGGUGGCCGCCCGGGACUGGUCUCAGAUCUCAGGCACAGGCAUUCGCUGAGCAAAUUGAUAACAUUGAUACUAAUAAAACCUAACCCUUGCUGGAACCAUACUGGUUCCGUGUGGGGCACUUUCUGAGAUUGUCUCAUAUAAUCCUCAAUAAUCCAAAAAAAAAAAAACCUAUUUUAAAGUGUAGAAGCUGAGGCCCGGAGAGGUUUAAUGACUUACCUGCGAGCAAAUAGCCAGUACUAGUCGAACUCAGGUUAAAUUCUGGAUGCCUCACUUCAGAGACCGCCUUCCCUGUGCUCCCAAGCUCCCCUCCUUGAAUCCUAAUGUGUGCCAGGCAUGGUUCCAGGCACUGGGCAUUAAAUGGACAGCAAAAGAACCUGGGCUCUCUGUAGCUGGAGAGCACCGUGAUCAUCCCACUUAAAAGAACUCCUUAGCCUGUUUACAGAUGGAAAAGCCAAGAACCCAAGCCCUUGGCAAGCGUUCUUAGGCUC